GAGUGCUAUCGAUAGGUAAAUGCCGGCUGUUUUUGUUUUGUUUAUUUGUGAAAUUAUUGCGCCAUGUCGGACGCAACCGAAGCUCAGACAAGCGAAACAGAUGAACAGCCAGCGGCCGCUCCGUUGCCCGAGUCCAACGAGACCCUGGAGGACGAGGAACUGGCCAAUCUGGUCACGGCCGAGGAAUAUCUGAUGCGCAAAGAUGUCCAGCUGCUGGAGUAUGAAAAGCAAAUGUUUCUCGACCUGGUGCACGCCGACGGCCUGCUCGUGGCAGCCAAAGGUCUGAGCUAUGAGCGCGUGCUGCUGCACAUCCUGAAGGUCUACAGCGACGCGGGCAAUCUGCUGCUGGUGAUCAACAGCUCCGACUGGGAGGAGCAGUACUACAAGUCCAAGCUGGAUGCCAAAUAUGUGCACGAGGUGGCCAAUACGGCUACCGAGCGCGAACGCGUCUACCUGGAGGGCGGCAUUCAGUUCAUAUCCACGCGAAUCCUGGUGGUUGAUCUGCUCAAGCAGCGCAUACCCAUUGAGCUGAUCACGGGCAUCAUCGUGCUGCGCGCCCACAGCAUCAUCGAGAGCUGCCAGGAGGCGUUCGCCCUGCGACUCUAUCGCCAGCGCAACAAGACCGGCUUCAUCAAGGCCUUCUCGAGCAGCCCGGAGGCCUUCACCAUUGGCUACUCCCACAUCGAGCGCACCAUGCGCAAUCUGUUCGUGAAGCAACUGUACAUCUGGCCGCGAUUCCAUGCCACGGUGCGUGCCGCACUGCAUCCGUGGCAGGCGCAGACCAUCGAGCUGCACGUGCCGCUCAGCGAGCGGGUGAGCUCCAUCCAGACCCACAUACUGGACAUUAUGAACUUCCUGGUGCGCGAAAUCAAGCGCAUCAAUCGCACCGUCGACAUGGAAGCGGUCACCGUGGAGAAUUGUGUCACCAAGAAGUUCCACAAGAUUCUGCAAGCCCAAUUGGACUGCAUUUGGCAUCAGCUCAACUCGCAAACAAAACUCAUCGUGGCCGAUCUCAAAAUACUGCGCAGUCUUAUGAUAUCCACGAUGUACCACGAUGCCGUCAGCUCGUACGCCCUGAUCAAACGCUACCGCAGCACAGAGUACGCCAUUAGCAACUCGGGCUGGACGCUCAUGGAUGCCGCCGAGCAGAUAUUCGUGCUCUCCAAGCAGCGCGUCUACAAUGGCCAAAAUGAAUUUGAGCCGGAGCCGUGCCCCAAGUGGCAGGCGCUGAGCGAGCUGCUCACGCAGGACAUACCCGGCGACAUGAGUCGGCGGCGAGGCGCCGGCCACCUGGACCCGCCCAAGGUGCUGAUACUCUGCCAGGACGCGCGCGCCUGCUACCAGCUGAAGCAGUACCUGACCCAGGGCAGCGCUCGCUACCUGCUGCAGCAGGCGCUGCGGCACGAGGUGCUCGUUGGCAAGCUGAGCGACGAGUUUGCCAAGCAGAGUCAGGGCGCCGCCAUGGCAGAGCCGGCAGCCAAGGCGGACGGCGUCAAGCUGGAGCCGAACACUGCGGCUGCUGCUCCUCCGGCGGCAGCUCCGCCGGCGCUCGACGAGCUCUCUCAGCUGCUGAGCGAGACGGAUGCGGAGGCGCAGCUGCAGCAGCAGCUGUUCGAGGAGAGCUACAUGCUCACCAUGACCCAGGCCGCGCCCAGCGAUCCCGAUCCGAAUGCCUCGAUCUUCGAGAUCAUACCCGAACUGGAGCAGUUCGACGUGUCGGCGGCACUGGCCGCCCAUCGACAGCCCUGCAUUUGCCUGCAGACCUUCAAGACGGAGCGCGAGGGCUCCAUGGCCCUGGAGCACAUGCUGGAGCAACUGCAGCCGCACUACGUGAUCAUGUACAACACGAAUGUGACGGCCAUACGGCAGCUGGAGGUCUUCGAGGCGCGUCGUCGCCUGCCGCCCGACGACCGCAUGAAGAUCUACUUCCUGAUCCAUGCGCGCACCGUCGAGGAGCAAUCCUAUUUGACCAGUUUGCGGCGUGAAAAGUCCGCCUUCGAGCUGAUCAUCGAAACGAAGAGUAAAAUGGUCAUACCCGAGUAUCAGGAUGGCAAGACGGACGAGGCCUUUGUGCUCUACAAGAGCUACGAGGACGAGGAGCCGACGAACGCGCAGACGCGUCAGGGGGCCGCCACGGGCGUGGCAUUGGCCAGUGCACGGAUCACGCCCAAGAUCAUCGUGGACAUGCGCGAGUUUCGGUCCGAUCUGCCGUGCCUGAUCCACCGGCGCGGCCUGGAGGUGGUGCCGGUGACCAUCACCAUCGGCGACUACAUUCUGACGCCGGAGAUGUGCGUGGAGCGCAAGUCGAUCUCGGAUCUGAUCGGGUCACUCAACUCGGGCCGGCUCUACAACCAGUGCGUCCAGAUGCAGCGCUACUACGCCAAGCCCAUACUGCUCAUCGAGUUCGACCAGAACCGGCCGUUCCACUUGCAGGGCAAGUUCAUGCUCUCCCAGCAGACGACGGCCACGAAUGCGGAUAUCAUGCAGAAGCUGCAGCUGCUCACCCUGCACUUCCCCCGGCUGCGGCUCAUCUGGUCCCCCAGCCCGUAUGCGACGGCCCAGCUGUUCGAGGAACUGAAACUGGGCAAGGAGCAGCCGGAUGCCCAGGUGGCCGCCGCCCUGGGCAGCGACGAGGCCGGCCCAGCCCCGGGCGAGCAGCUGCAGUACAACAACGCCAUCCACGAUUUCCUGCUGCGCCUGCCGGGCGUCCACACGCGCAAUGUCCAUGGCCUGAUGCGAAAGGGCGGCAGCCUGCGCCAGCUGCUGCAGCUCAGCCAGACGGAGCUGGCCGAGCUGCUGCAGUCGCAGGAGAGCGGCAAGCUGCUCUGGGACAUACUGCAUGUGGCGCAUCUGCCCGAGAAGGACGAGGUCGCCGGCUCCUCGGCGCUGCUGGCGGCGAGCAAACAAUUUGGCAGCGGGUCACACAAUCGCUUCCGCAAGGCAGCCAGCGAGGCGCGACGAGGCAGGCGUUGAUGCUGAGCAGAAGGAGGGGCGAAGGAGCAACAGAUGGCAGCAAGUGGAA